UAUACACAAUUACAGCUCUUUCAUGGGACAGCAGCAACAUGUAAAAGAGAACAUGAGGUCUGGACACUGCUCUUUUCACACUUUGACCAGAGGAAGCUACUGGAGUUUCGUCAUUUCCUGAACAGCAGACAAGCACUAAUAAUACUAAUGUGCAUAUGAAGUGCAGAUGAUUAUCAGUGUUUUCAGACAGAGACACAGUAAUUCAGCCUUUUAGUGAGUCUUUUACAGAUUAGAGAUGUCUCAGAUCAUUUAUGAUGUGAUCAGCAUUGAAGAGCUGAACAGAGGACAGCGAGAUGAGAUGGUGGUGGUUAUCUAUGAGAGUGUAGACACUGUUAGACGCCAUGACCCCAACACAGAGAUGGAGGACACCAACAGCAAGAGGAAACCAGAAAUUCACAACACAGGCUGGAGAUACUUCAACUUCAGUCUUUACUACAUCUCUACUGAGAAGAAGAGCUGGAGUGAGAGCAGACAGUACUGCAGAGAGAGAGGAGCAGACCUGGUGAUCAUAAACAGCAGAGAAGAACAGGAGUUCAUCAGUAAAGAAUUUGGUAGCACUGAAGCUUGGAUUGGUCUGACGGACAUGGAGAAAGAGGGGGUCUGGAAAUGGGUGGACAACUCAGCACUGACCACUGAGUUCUGGUGGAAGGGGGAACCCAAUGAUUAUGAAGGAAAGGAGGACUGUGCUGUAACUGGCUAUAAAGCUGAUGGAUCUGAAAGAUGUAUCAACCUGGGCUGAUUAUCCCUGUGAUCAUCCUGUAGUUGGAAUCUGUGAGAAAAAAAUAACUAAGAGUGAAUGAACUUUUAUUUUAUUCUUUUUAUUUUUAAAUAAUGGAAUAGAAUACUUGCUAUUCAUCAAUGUGUUUAUUGAUCAGUUCAACUAUUAAAACAUUAUAAUGAUUGGGAGAUGUGCUUGUGCUUGUUGUUUUCUGUUUAAUGAAUAAAAAGACAUUAGAUAAAAUAUUAUGGGUAAUUUAACUCAGAAACCCAAUUAAUAGGGGUCCAGAUAGGCUAACAUGACAGCACAGCACAGUAUGAUUACAAAUCUAUGAUCACACAUUUUGUUGUCUUGUUGUCUAAAAAAGUGAACCAUCCCACACCUGAGUACCUGUGCUGAGCUUCAACGUAUGGGCAGAGCUAGAAAUAGUGCAGACCACUGAUUGGUCAGAAACAGUGUUUGACACGGCUGUUGUCAUAACCAUUUUAGACAGUAAGAGUUUUCUGUCCAAGUAACACAACAGCUACCAAACACAUCGAGCAGCGUUUGAUUGAAGUCUAUUCUGCUUGUAAAGAGUAGUGAUGAUCCUCCACGAUCAUUUUUUCUAUUCAGUAUUCAGCAACACACAGCUCACCUGUCAGGUACUGCAUUGAAUAUGUAUGGAAAACUGACUAGCAUAGCCUUAGCAGCUUUAACCAGUGAGUCUAUGUCAGGGGUGCACAGCUCUGGUCCUGGAGGGCUGGUGUCCAGCAUGCUUUGGAGGUUUCCCUACUCAAACACACCCACUAAACCUUGCAAUUACAUUAAGUGUAAUCAGGUGUGUUUGAGCAGGUAAAACACCAAACAGUAUUGGACACCAGCCCUC